AUGGCGAAGCUGACGUGCAGGUGGACGAAAGAGGACUACGAGAUCUUCGACCUCGUGCACGACCUGAAGGCCGAGGAAGGCGACGACGUCACGUUCUACUCCUACCUCCGCAUCGAGAAGGAUGCGACCCCCGCCCAGCUCACCAAGGCGUACCGCAAGCGCUCGCUCGAGCUGCACCCCGACAAGAACCCUGGUGUCCCAGGCAUUCAGCAGAAGUUCGCCCGUCUCGGUGUCAUCACCGGCAUCCUCCGUGACGGCGAGAGGCGUGACCGCUACAACUUCUUCCUCAAGAAUGGAGUGCCCAAGUGGAAGGGCUUCGGCUACGCUUACACUCGCUGGCGUCCCGGAAUGGGCUUUGUGAUCUGCUUCCUCGUGCUCUUCACCGCUCUCAUGCACUACGUCGUCAUGCGCAUGAACUAUGCCCGUGACUCGAAGAAGGUCGAGUACUUCACUGAAGCUGCGCUGCGCCAGGCCCGCGGAGCCAACCGCAAGGUCCGCGUGCCCUUCUACGAGGGAAGCAACCAGAGCCUCGAGCUUGUUGUUGAGGACGGAUGGGUCUACCUGCCCCACGACGACGGAUCUCUGCACCCGCUCUCCGAGCUCGCCACGCCCCCCUCGCUCCUCCGCACUUGGCCCUGCAACGUCGCCCGUUCCCUCAUCUACAAGGUCACGGGUGGACCGAAAGAGGAGGUCGUCGUCGAGGACAUCCGCGUCUCUGCAGAGGACGUCGAGGUGUCUGACGAGGUCCCCUCGGGCCCCGGCACCAGCAGCGUCGACACGUCGAACGCCGGCCGCCUGCGAUCGCGUGCGGCCGAGCUCCGCGCCCAGAGGACGGGCAAGGCCUCGGCGUCGCCCGACUCCACCCCCGGCGCCAGCGAGAGCGAGACCUCCAACACGGACGGAGGGAGCAGGAAGAAGGCGGGCGGCAAGGCCGCCGCGGCGCGGAAGCGCAAGAUGAACAAGAAGUAG